CAGCAGUCGUAGCAGCCCAGCACACACACACACACACACACCCCUUUUCCACAAGUUUAACCCACCCCCAUCCACCCCAUCCCCGUUUUCGUCCCACGAGCGCUGCCUUUUUCUAUCAGACAGACAGAUCCCACCACAAAUGCCAAUCAAAGGUCCAACUCAAACCGAAAAAAAAACCAAAAACCAAAAAAAAACCCCAAGACACAUGUGUCCGUUCAGAUAACGAGCGCUGUUGUAACUGCAGUGUGUGCGUGUGAUUGAUUGCUUGUGAGCUCUCCUGCAGUCAAUCAAUCAACAAUCUCGCAUCUUAAAGCAGCUGAAUUAUAAGUCAGUCUACUGAGUACUGCCAGCAGCCGCCCGAUUUAUGCUGGAUCCCCACCCAUUACCCGUACCGACCCAAUAAUCACCGUUGUACCGCCGGGCGCGCACUCCAUUCACUCGUUAUCUUGGGUGCCUCAACUCUCUCUAGUCUCUGCCCUUUUUCCUUAUUCUUCAUACCUCUUCUUGUCCUCCGGCCUCUUGGGGUAAUUCGCCAAAGUCACACCAGAACGCACGAAUACAGAGUGCGCAAUCAACCACGCGGCCGAAAGCGAUUCGAUCAAACCGACCCGACGACGUAACGACCGACCGAGCCCGAAUAUUCUUGGCGAGGCAAGAGGAAAGAAAGGGGGAAUCUGGGGAAAGAUCGUGAGAUCCACUGCGUGACAGUCCAGGCCCUAGAUCAAUCUAUUUAGCCGACGAUAAACCUACCCAGGCCUGUCGUCCUCAGUCGGCCGCUAUCGCCCCAUUUCCCUCACAACCUGGCGGCAUCUUCUUGAAGUGACCCGACUCAACGAGCCUGCACGACUAGGUACCUAUCUGAGGCUAUCUGAGGCAGCUAUCAAUCUAUCGUGUGUGCGACUUUGGCCUCUGUCAUCUCAUCCACAACUAUCGCACAGACAUUAAUCAAACGAAGCGGUUCGACAAACGCGAUCCACGGCUCUCGGUUCUGUCAAUCGUUACACGCGCACUCGUUUAAUAUUCCUUCGACCCUUGCUUCAGCCCGACUUUCUUCGCUCCCAGUCGCCUACUUGGAGCAGGACUCCCUUUGGUUGGGAAGUAUCUUGUCCAGCUAGCCAGGACAAGAAUCAUCGGCUGCAAGAGUAGAUUCUACUCAAGCCAGAAACCAAAGGGUCUGAGCCCGGAGAAGAUCUUGACACACCUGAUCACGGUGACUACGGGACCCAUACACAACGUGUGUUCAUCGUUCCGCCGGCGCACCACGUUCCAGUUCUUCACACUCGUUCAUCCAGUUGUCCCUUAUCGACUCGCAGCUCCAGUACGAAGUCCCGAUUGUCAGAUGCUCAAAUAUGCUUGAGUUGAGACCCGCGACAUCCAUCAUUACAUACGGUCCAACUGUCGAGUUCUGGGUCACUCGAUAACGGACUUUUCGGGCCCAAUAAUCAGCCAGUUCUUCGCUUCUCCCCCCUCUCCACGUCUUCAAGGCGCCGCAUAUUCGACACCAUGGCAACCCCACGGCAUAUCUCUGCGGAUCAUUUACAUAUAACCGAGUUCGCAUCUCGCACAUAUUUCGACAAGCUCAACCAGGAGAACAAGUCGAAUACUGCUCAUGAAACGCAGACUUCCCAGCCUGGAGCCUCAAUAGCACAAUCGGAAUUUAUAUUACCUCUGCGGCAACAAAAGACUUUUGAUUCCCUAGAAGCUGGGCACCUCGAUGCGCCUAAGAAGAAGAAGGCAUUUAGGUUCUGGCCCUCGAAACAUGCUGCCCCGUCCACGGUCGGCCCCGGCUCCAGCUUGAGCCAACUAUCUGCCGAUGGCUCAAGAUCAAGCCUACCGUUUGAUCAACUUUUUAUCGCAUUACCCGUCGAGUUGCAGGUUGAAAUCGUCGCUUCGUUGCCACUUUCCGACAUCUUGAAUCUCAGGUUAGCGUCUCGGGCGUGGCAUAGCAUGAUCACAUUAAACGAGGUGCCGAUUGCCAGGUAUCACCUGGAGAAUAACACCCCCGCAUACGCCAAGAGACUGUAUCCAUUGCCUGAAGGCGCAAAGCCAAACUUGCACCAUCUCUGCGGAAUAUGGCACCGCCUCCACGUGGCGGCCAAAUUGGCAUAUUUUAUUUGCGAAAGGGUGACCAAGGAGAUCUUCUUGAGGGUUACCGAGAUGGAGAGGCGGGAAUUUGCGCCUUCAUGGGAGCGCAUGCGGCGGCGUCUCAUACCGCUCAUCUUUACUAUUUUCCAUUUUUUCGAGACGUACAGGGAACGGCAUCUCCAAUAUCUUAUUGAUAACAAGGGAGUCGGCUUACGUCAUACACCAUAUACACUCAACCCUAUCGAGGUCGAGGUUAUGAACAUGUAUGAUGAUCGUACACUGCUCCACGUACAUCAGGUUUUUCCUCUGGUGAUUUCGUCAUUCUGCAGAAGAUUACGACCUCCAUCAUACGUCGGUAGGGUCGAGCGGACUGUCAGAGGUUAUCUCAGGGAAAAGCCUGCGGAUGAGGUCCAUGUUGCUGCGCUCAUUGUCGGCGGCCUGCGACAGGUUGAAAAGUUUUGGGAGGUCAAGGGGUACAACACUCGACGGACUGUGGUUGAUAAUUGGUACAAGAGCAUCAGCCAACCGACGACGCCCGAACCGACGACAUCAUCCAAAACGAAGCGCAGUUUGAUGGGACUGGGUAGGAAAAAGUCCAUGGCAGCAAUUCCCAAGGACAACAAACCCUGUGAAGGCUACUCAACAGCUGCAUGGGCAUCAACAGACUCGGGAUAUGGUAACCGAAACAACCCGAUCUUUACAACCAGCUUGGCUGGGGGCAUGCCCAUGGCAACUUUACCAUGGGAACACCUGCAGUUGCUGGUUCCGGACCUGCCGCCUCUACAACAGAUGUGGCUCCAGACUGCCGAAGCCUUGAUUCUGGAUCGCAAGAUCGUUCAGCGGCCAGUAGAGAUCAAACGAAACGCGCAAAUGAUGUUGGAGCUCAUCAGCGAGGGUGGCAUGGCAGAGGAGGACCAAUGGUGGUACGGACAAGGGUGUUCAGACUCGAUCAGGCCACCGCUCGAGUCCAUAGAGGACGACCCGCUCGAAUAAGCCCAGGCAAGCUGCGCGCCGAGACGUGACGGCCCUUGUUUCUUUUUCUUUGUUUUCUUUUCUUUUUUUUUUUUUCACGGCCUUACCGACACAAACAUGACUAGUCUUUAUUCUUUCCUUUGUAUGAACAUAAAGCAUUCCAGGAGUUUUCGGUUCCUCACUUCGAAGAAGAGGAUUUAUAUUGCCCUCAGCGUUUUUGGGGCAAAAGGGGAAGGCGCGCGAUUUAUUUAGCGUCAUGCUUCAUUUUCUUUUUCUCUUUUGUCUAUCCAUUUGCAAAAUACCUCUUUUUGUCAUCCUUUACACUUUGCCUUUUUGGCCAUGAAAUAAAUGUGUCUCUUUGUCUCUGAAAUCUUAUGUGUUAUUUAUUAUUUCUUGGACCCAUUGUUUCGUCAGGCACAAUAAGUAGCACGCAAGACGACCUGCAACGUACAUGCUCCAUCGAUGAAAUUCACGGUCGGAUUUCAAGGGCUUUCCAGUUGAGCAAUAAGAUUGAGGCGGAGAGAGCUCUGCGCAACCAGUUGUACAUAAAAUACGUGUACGAAAAAUGGUGUGACGUUUGGGAGUGCUGCAGGCUUUUCACGGUAAAUUCGAAGCAAAGUCAACGCUCAGAUUUUAUAUCUAUGAGAUGCAAAUGUUGUGAGUAGUUUGGCAUCAAGUCGUAACAGGCAUUAUACAAACCCAUCCAAUCAUUAUUAUUAACCCGCUGUUGUCCGUCCGGAU